AUGACGACCCGAUAUCGCGUCGAGUAUGCUCUCAAGACGCACAGGCGUGACCAAUUCAUAGAAUGGGUCAAGGGCCUCCUCGCCGUGCCCUUCGUGCUGUACUCGGAGCCCACAGGAGUCUUUGGCGACGGCACGAAUGUUGACAGGAUGGCCGAGGAGUCUCACCGCCGAUACGCAGAGAUCAUGCGUGACGUCGAGCGGAUGAUUGACGACCACAUGACCAUCCAGGGCCACGACGAGGCCUUCCCCUCCAAGCUGCUCAUGCUCGUCCCCACGGCCGGGCCCUUCUUCACCCGCCUGCCCCUCGAGGCCGCCUUCAAGUACCAGGACCGCAAGCGCCACAUCUCGUCGCGGAGGUACGUCGCCCCGUCCUUCAACGACGUGCGGCUCGUCCUCAACUCGGCGCAGCUCAUGGCCGUGACGGGGGGCGCCCUCCAGCUGGCCACGUUCGAUGGUGAUGUCACCCUGUACGACGACGGGAAGAGUCUGGAGCCGGACAGUCCUGUCGUGCCCAGACUUUUGGACCUUCUCCGCAAGAACAUCAAGAUCGGCAUCGUCACAGCCGCGGGCUACACCACGGCAGAACGGUACUACGAGCGCCUCCACGGCCUGCUCGACGCCAUCGCCACCUCCAAGGACCUCGACCCCAUCCAGAAGCAGAACAUCGUCAUCAUGGGCGGCGAGGACAACUACCUGUUCGAGUUCUCCCCCUCCUCGCCCUACCGCCUCGCCCCCGUCCCCCGCGCCAGCUGGCUGACCCCGGAGAUGGCCGCCUGGUCCGAGCCCGACAUCACCGCCCUCCUCGACGUCGCCGAGUCCGCCCUCAAGGAGUGCGUCCGCACCAUGAAGCUCCCCGCCACCAUCCUCCGCAAGGACCGCGCCGUCGGCAUCAUCCCCACCGACCCGGACACCCGCAUCGCCCGCGAGUCCCUCGAGGAGACCGUCCUCGUCGUCCAGCGCAUCCUCGAGUCCCACUCCCUCGGCAUCUCCGCCACCACCAGCACCAGCCUCGCCCCCCGCGUGGCCGCCGCGGGAGGGAACCCCCUCCCCAAGCGGGGCGUCCCCUUCUGCGCCUUCAACGGCGGCCGCGACGUCUUCGUCGACAUCGGCGACAAGUCCUGGGGCGUCACCGUCUGCCAGCAGUGGUUCGGCGCCGCCGGCGCCGCCAUCCGCGGCGAGAACACCCUCCACGUCGGCGACCAGUUCCUCAGCGCCGGGGCCAACGACUUCAAGGCCCGCCGCGUCGGCACCACCGCCUGGAUCGCCAGCCCGGCCGAGACGGUCGACCUGCUCGAUGAGCUUGCCGACCUGAUGCAGAAGAAGCUGGCGUGA